GGGAUGGAGCGGAGAAGAUGGCGGCGCUUAGUUUACCCACGCCGAUGUACGGGCACGUGGGCCGCGGCCGCUUUAGCGACGUGUACGAGCCCGCGGAGGACACGUUCCUGCUGCUGGACGCGCUCGAGGCAGCGGCGGCCGAGCUGGCUGGAGUGGAAAUAUGCCUUGAAGUAGGGUCAGGGUCUGGAGUAGUAUCUGCAUUCCUAGCCUCUAUGAUAGGUCCUCAGGCUUUGUACAUGUGCACUGAUAUCAACCCUGAGGCAGCAGCUUGUACCCUGGAGACAGCACGUUGUAACAAAGUCCACAUUCAGCCAGUAAUUACAGAUUUGGUAGGAAGUCACGGAAUAGCGGCAGCAUGGGCUGGUGGCAAAAAUGGUCGAGAAGUCAUGGACCGGUUCUUUCCACUGGCUUCAGAUCUCCUUUCACCAAGAGGAUUAUUCUAUUUAGUUACCAUUAAAGAAAACAAUCCAGAAGAAAUUUUAAAAGCAAUGAAGACAAAGGGUCUACAAGGGACCACUGCACUUUCCAGGCAAGCAGGUCAAGAAGUCCUUUCGGUCCUCAAGUUUACCAAGUCCUAAUAUAUAGUGUGUGCUGAGAGCUACUGGAAACUGAAUGCAUUCAGCAUAUUUUGAAACUGAAGUCAUUUCUUGAUUAACAAGGAAUUUUUUCAGAAAUUUGUCCUAAAGAAGGAGGUGGAAAGGUGGGACAUUUCCUUUCACCCAG